UUCACUCCCAACCAUGCACCAAUUCCAUUCUCCAUUAAUCCCUCUAUACCUGCUAUAGCUUAUUUUCCAAACUCACUUUAACCCUCACUCAAAAAUGGCCAAAAAUGCACUAAAAAGAAUUCCCAUACUAACCCUUCUGAUCUUCGUAGUCUUAGCCGUAUCCUCGGAAGCCACAAAAUACCAAUCCCAAAACCUAAAAGAAACCAACAUCGUUUUCUACAUGCAUGACCUGGCGUCUGGCCUCAACGGUCAUACUACCAAAAUGGUAGGAGGGAUUCCGCAUAAGCGCUGGGCGGUCCUCGCAUUUGGAACGGUCUUUGCGAUCGACGAUAAGCUGACAGAGACAAAAGACUGGAAUUCAACCCAGGUUGGUAGGGCUCGAGGUAUCUAUGUGAACUCCGCUCUGGAUGGUUCGGACCUUCACUUGCUCAUGUCGCUGGUUUUCACCAACAAGGACUUUAAUGGCAGCACUUUGGAGAUUCAAGGGUCCGAUAGGUUUUACCAAAAGUACAGGGAUGUUUCUGUGGUUUCUGGAACCGGAAUAUUCCGACUGGCUAGGGGUUUUGCCACUCUAGAAACUGUCUUCCUUGAUAUCCCAAACUCUAAUGCCAUUAUCAGGUGGAAUGUCACAGUAUUACACUACUGAAAAUGAACUCGCUCUCUCUAUAUUUAUAUAUUGGUCAACUAUGAUAUAUUGAAUAAUCUAAGCCGUAAAGCUGGCAUGUAAAACAUAGCUAGUAAGUGUUAAAAGUUAAUGUAUGAUUUGUUUUUUAGAGUCGGCAUUAUUUAUGCUUUGUUUGUUGAGCUUUUGUUAGGAUUUACUAAAUCCUUUAUGCUCGUGUCUAUUUAAGAAGUCUAGAAGGUGUUUUUUUUUUUUUUUAAUAAUUAAAAUAAAUGUAAUUCAUCUUCGUAUUCUUGUAUGAGGUCCAGAACUUAAGAACGAUUAUCAAAACAAUCUUUGCAGGUCAGAAAA